AUGGGACAUAGUAAGAAACAAAAAUUACAUAAAAUUGUACAGCACGUUUUGCCUCAGAUUAUUAUUCCAAGUGAACCAGAAAAAAAUCCAAAAGAUAGAAGUGUACAAAAGAAAAUUCAAUCAAAUGUUCAUGAUCAUUCAAGAUAUGCAAAGGUUAACGAAAUGUAUGUAGAUUGGAAAGCAGCUGGCUUUGGUAGUAGUCAAGACGCAGUCAGUCAAGCAAUUUAUGCUGAAUCUGAGAAGGUCAAUCCAAAUGAUGAACACUUAAUGCAAUCCAGUAAUCCAACUUGUACCUAUCUUAAUUUAAUUAUUGAUUGUGCAUUUAUUGAUCCAAAUACAGAAAAAAAUUCAAUUGCAUUUGGAAUGGCAUUUAUAUUAGAUCCUUCAAAAGGCAUCAAAUUGGUUUAA